UCUCUUUGAACGUGUGUCAACAACAACAGCUGCAGGGACAUCACGGCUAAGUUCUUACCUUCAUGACUUCGCUGAACCGAACACAGCAUGUUGGCUGAAGAAACAACGGCAGAUUCAUAAUAAACUUUUCCCUUGAGCUUUUUCUUGGGGAGGCGGGAGUGCUUUCUCUCCCGGGACACAACAGUGCCUGGCUGCUGAAGUGGCUAAUUUACUCGAAUCAAUCUUACAGAAACUGGAAUACAAAGCAUUUAUUGUCCAAAUACCCGCAGUUCGUUGAGUUUAAUCGCCGGUUGUUCAUCUUCCUCCUCUCCGGCGGGAGGUUUUCAGACGCGUAGGGUUGUAGAGGUAUGAAUGCGUUGGCGGGGGCUGUACCCAGGAUGAUGCGCCCCACGCUGGCUCAGAACUACCCCCGCAGUGGUUUCCCACUGGAAGUCUCUACCCCUUUGGGGCAAGGCAGAGUGAACCAACUCGGGGGAGUAUUCAUCAAUGGCAGACCAUUGCCCAACCAUAUCCGACAUAAGAUUGUUGAAAUGGCACACCAUGGCAUUAGACCAUGUGUGAUCUCUCGUCAACUACGGGUCUCUCAUGGUUGCGUAUCCAAAAUACUGUGCCGGUACCAGGAAACCGGGUCUAUCCGACCCGGAGCCAUUGGAGGAAGCAAACCCAAGCAGGGGACAACACCGGAUGUGGAGAGGAGAAUAGAGGAGUACAAGCGAGAUAACCCGGGUAUGUUUAGCUGGGAGAUUCGAGAUAAAUUACUGAAGGAUGGCAUAUGUGACCGGAACACCAUUCCUUCAGUCAGUUCAAUAAGUCGCAUCAUGAGGAGUAAAUUUGGAGGAAAGGGAGACGAUGAUGAUGAUGAAGACGAAAUCGAGAAAAAGGAAUUAGAGGACAACGAACGACGGGCCAAACACAGUAUCGAAGGCAUCUUGGGAGAUCGCUCGAGCCACUCGGACGAGGGCUCGGACGUGGAGUCGGAGCCCGACCUGCCCCUGAAGAGGAAGCAGCGUCGCAGUCGCACCACCUUCACGGCCGAGCAGCUGGAGGAGCUGGAGAGAGCGUUCGAGAGGACGCACUACCCCGACAUCUACACCCGGGAGGAGCUGGCCCAGAGGGCCAAGCUCACCGAGGCCAGAGUACAGGUCUGGUUCAGUAACAGGAGAGCGAGAUGGAGGAAACAGGCGGGGGCCAAUCAGCUUAUGGCAUUCAAUCACCUUAUCCCAGGAGGGUUCCCACCCUCCGCCAUGUCCAGCAUUCCACCCUAUCAGCUAUCAGACACCCCAUACCCGCCCACAUCCCUAUCACAAGUGGUGUCCGAGCAGCCCGGCACAGUGCACCGCCCCCAGCCCCUGCCCCCUUCCUCCGGACACCAGGGCUCUGGGGGCGGGGGCGGCCAGGAGGGGGGGUCGGCCUACUGCCUGGCCUCCGGACGGCACGGCUUCUCAGGGUACUCCGACAGCUUCGCCCCUCCCGGGGGUCCGCACAACCCCAUGAACCCCGCACUCGGCAAUGGCCUCUCUCCACAGGUGAUGGGCCUGCUGAACCCGGGCGGGGUCCCCCACCAGCCCCAGAGCGACUACGCUCUCUCCCCUCUGACGGGGGGCCUGGAGGCCCCCGGGGGCCUGGGCACCAGCUGCUCCCAGCGCUUGGAGCACCUCAAAGGCCUGGAGGGCCUGUCCAGCGUGCCUAGCCUGCCCUCACUGCCCUCGCUGCCCAACUCCCAGUCCUACUGCCCGACCGCCUACGGCUCGCCAGGCUACAGCGUGGACCAUGUUGCAUCCUACCAGUAUGGGCAGUAUGGACAAAGUAAGGUGCCCUUCAUUAUCUGAGGCCAGAGAUCACCUGAGUGGAGGGCUCCGCCCACAUCCUGCCCCGGCGUCGCUUCAGGAACGUGUAUGUUUGUCCACGCUGUGGGAAGUGUUUGAGUAUCCCGGACCAAAUUGACAACUUCCCUUCCUUCCUAUCCUAACGGGCCUGAACUUCACUCUGACAUGGAGACUCCUUCUCACUUGAUGUAAGGAGAGGGAAGAUAAGAUAUGAAAAGAGACUAUUAGGAGGCACCGCAAGACCAAAACAAACAAACAAACUGUGUGGAGGGUUUGGGUGACUGGUGGAGACUAUUGUGGGUGCUUUCCCUAGGUUGUGAUGUGGUUUAUCCCACAUUGAUCCGCAACUAUAUUCAGGAACAGGACCACGUCUAUCCCAUAUCAGUCAAAAGAGUCCCCAGGGGCCAAGCACCCUCACUGGGGAACAUCUCGCCAUCAAGGGCCUGCAGAGGAACUCAACAACAACACAUAAAUCACAGAGUAAAGUUUUAGAUCUUAAAUCCUGUUUACAUGCUUAAGGGGCCAAAUAAAUACAGAUGCAUUCCAUUGAAUUUCAGAAAGCAACAUGAGGGAUAAAGAGGCCUUGUUUUAUUUGUCAUUUCAUUUAUAGGUUUUUUUGUUCCCUGUAAGAUUCCAUACCACACAGAGUGAAAAGGAAACAAAAUCUAAGCCAUAGGCAGCAUAUAAACAAAUAGAUACAAGCAAACGAGAACAAAUGAAAAAAAAGGAAUCCAUUAAUCAAACUAUGUUUUGAGGUAGCAGAAAAAGAACUUUAACGUACACCACAGCUGUUAGCUGACUUCCAGUGAACUCUGACUGGAUCUCUCUCUCUCUCUGUCACUCUGACGAAGGAAGAUUCUAACCUUUUGUGGGUUUAGUAGGAUUCCCUUAGAGGUCAAAGGUGACUGAAGAAAGUGACAAGGAGAGGGCGGGGGGCAAAGUGGUUUUUGGUGUUGCGGGGUAUGGAAAAAAAUGACUAAAGGGGUCUGAACCCAGUAACAAAUCCUUAUAACUAAGAGUUACUGGGUCACGACAAAGUGAGAUUCGAGACACAAUGGAAACCAGAGAGCUAGGAUGUCAGCUGACCAGAAGUGCAAUAUCACCACGUACCCAACAGUCAACCAUGCAAUUAGAUUCCAUGAAGCCAACCCUAUCGUAUGUCUUAGCAACAUUGGAUUUACGCUAAAAUCACAUUGCAGCCCCACAAAAAAAGAAUUACAAGUACCUUUGAAGGUAUGGUGGGCCAAACAAAUAGAAAACAUUGUGAACAGGAGAAGGUAGUCAGCACAUGGCCAUCUUUGAAGUAAUUACGACUUGGAAGUUAUUCAAAGACCAUGUGGAUACAAUUAAUACAAGGGAAAAACAAAGGCCAACUAAAAAACACGUAGUAUAAAGCCAAAUCGUUUUUUUUUUCUCAAGUGUGUUUUUUUUUGUAAGUCGCGCAAAAACAUAAACUCUAUUCGUUUUUUUUGUCAUGGGUGUAUUUAUUCUUAAAAAAUAUAUGUCAACAACAUUAUUCAGAAAUGACUGUAACAUUGUACAGACCACAAUACGUUUUUCUAUUAUUUAGAAAUUCUAUGUUCACUUAACGAUAGCUGCAUCUCUCAACAAACCUUUGUUCAAUGAGCACUCAGUGGUAAAUUGUACAUAUGGCUGUAUCUGAUGGGAAUACAGUGGUUACAAUUACAACGGUUCC